GGGAGACCAGAUAUAGUGAAUGCAGGGUCCUGGGAGACCAGAUAUAGUGAAUGCAGGGUCCGGGGAGACCAGAUAUAGUGAAUGCAGGGUCCGGGGAGAGCUAGAUAUAGUGAAUGCAGGGUCCGGGGAGACCAGAUAUAGUGAAUGCAGGGUCCGGGGAGAGCAUAUAGUGAAUGCAGGGUCCGGGGAGACCAGAUAUAGUGAAUGCAGGGUCCUGAGAGACCAGAUAUAGUGAAUGCAGGGUCCGGGGAGAGCAGAUAUAGUGAAUGCAGGGUCCGGGGAGACCAGAUAUAGUGAAUGCAGGGUCCGGGGAGACCAGAUAUAGUGAAUGCAGGGUCCGGGGUUUAUUAACACUUUAAGCCUUGCACUAGGAUUUAAUUAUUUAUUAAAGUGCUCUUAUGUAACGAUGUGUGAGCGCCAUUCAUUUAGUAGCACUCUUAGCCCAGGCUGCGUGAUGACAUCCCCCCUCCCCCCCAGGGGGCGGAUCUGUGACAGCCUGGGCUAAGAGGAAGUUGGUUGAAU